AUGGACGGUCUUCACAACGAGCCUGAAGCGAAAGUCAAGCACGACCAAGACAGAGAGAGCGUCCCGCCGGAACACGUUAAUGAGCCCCCGGUCUUUCCAGCGCUGCAGAACCAUGAUCAGCAGCUGCUACCAGAGCUGCAACAGCCCCCGAACGAGGGAGAAGCAUUGGCCGCUGAACCGUUCCAACCGGUCGCCGAAGAGUUGAUGCGGCGAUAUCAAGACAACCCUCCACUCGCACACCAGGCUAGCCAAAUCGUGAAGCUUUAUCGACGGCUGUAUGAAUCCCACCUCGCAAGGAAGACCGAAUGCCAAUUUCUUGAAAAGGCCAAUGAGGAGCUCCGCACGGCGAAUCUUUAUUUAUACCAAGAACGUGAAUGCUUGCAGAGUCGAUACGCUAAACAGGAAAAAGAACUAGCAUGUUUUGGGCAAGCCUUUGACAAUCUCGGCACUGGUAUUGGUAGUAUCCUAAGGAAUUCAGAGGGCGGAAUCUUAGAAUCAAUGCUUGAGACAGGCGACAGAACAGACGAAGGAGCUGCAUGA